AUGCCUCAAAAAGAGUACCACAAUCAAGCCACGUGGGAGUCUGGCGUAGCCUCGAUGAUGCAGAACAAGGUGUAUGACAUCUGUGAUGAAGGUCACAGCGGCGUGAACCAGCUCGGCGGCGUGUUCGUGAACGGCAGACCGCUGCCAGACUCCACCAGGCAGAAAAUCGUCGAACUCGCCCACAGUGGUGCUCGACCCUGCGACAUCUCCCGGAUAUUACAGACCCAUGAUGAAGUCCAAGUGGUGGACAGUGAAAAGGUGUCCAACGGCUGCGUCAGCAAGAUCCUGGGUCGCUAUUAUGAGACUGGCUCCAUAAGACCUCGGGCCAUCGGUGGCAGCAAGCCCCGGGUCGCCACGCCGGAGGUGGUCGCCAAGAUCGCGCAGUACAAGCGGGAGUGUCCGUCGAUCUUCGCGUGGGAGAUCCGCGACCGGCUUUUAUCGGAGGGCAUCUGCACUAACGACAACAUACCAAGUGUAAGUUCCCUUCAGGUGUCCUCGAUUAACCGAGUCCUGCGCAACCUGGCGAGUGAGAAGCAACAGAUGGGCGCAGAUGGCAUGUAUGACAAGCUGAGGAUGCUCAACGGUCAGACAGGAAGUUGGGGGACCCGGCCCGGCUGGUACCCCGGAACAUCAGUGCCGGGCCAGCCCAAUCAAGAUGGCUGCCAACCGCAAGACGGCGUAGGAGAAAACACAAACUCCAUCAGUUCUAACGGCGAGGACUCUGAGGAGACUCAAAUGCGUCUGCAGCUAAAAAGGAAGCUGCAAAGAAACCGCACCUCCUUCACGCAGGAGCAAAUUGAGGCGCUGGAGAAAGAAUUUGAAAGAACUCAUUAUCCAGAUGUGUUUGCAAGAGAGAGACUAGCAGCCAAAAUCGACCUUCCGGAAGCCAGAAUACAAGUGUGGUUCUCCAACAGGAGAGCGAAGUGGAGGCGGGAGGAGAAGCUUCGCAACCAGCGUCGACAGGCCAGCAACUCCUCAAGUCACAUUCCCAUCAGCAGUAGCUUCAGCACCAGCGUGUACCAGGCUAUCCCGCAGCCUACCACACCCGUUUCGUUCACUUCGGGGUCCAUGUUGGGCCGAGCAGACUCAGCCCUCACCAACACCUACAGUGCGCUGCCCCCAAUGCCCAGCUUCACCAUGGCCAACAACCUACCUAUGCAACCCAGCCAGACCUCCUCCUAUUCCUGCAUGCUGCCUACCAGUCCACCUGUGAACGGGCGCAGCUACGAAACAUACACGCCCCCGCAUAUGCAGGCACAUAUGAACAGCCAAUCAAUGACCGCUUCUGGUACCACCUCAACAGGACUUAUCUCUCCUGGAGUGUCUGUCCCAGUGCAAGUCCCAGGGAGUGAGCCUGACAUGUCUCAGUACUGGUCUAGACUACAAUAG